AUAAUAAAAGCUAAAAAUAUUAAUUUUUCGGAACAGUAUUCAUUUACGGAGUAUUAAAUAAAUUCAGCAUGUCUUUUAGUGGUUUUAUUGAUUUUUUUCAAAAAGGAAAAACAUUUAGACCGAAAAAAAAGUUUUCACCGGGCACUCUUCGUUAUUCAUUGUAUAAACAUGCACAAGCUUCGUUAAACUCCGGCAUAAAUUUGAGGAACGCAGUUCAACUGCCACCGGGCGAAGACUUAUACGAUUGGAUUGCUGUUCACGUGGUCGAUUUUUUUAAUCGAAUAAAUUUGAUUUAUGGCACAGUCUGUGACUACUGUACAGAUACAUCUUGUCCGACCAUGAGUGGUGGCCCUAAGUUUGAAUAUUUGUGGGCUGAUAAAGAAAGGUACAAAAAACCAACACCGUUACCAGCACCUCAGUAUGUUUCGCUGCUCAUGGAUUGGAUUGAAACACAAAUUAAUAAUGAGAACUUAUUCCCAGUAUCAACAGAUGUACCAUUUCCAAAGACUUUUAUGCCACUUUGCAAAAAAAUACUUACUCGAUUAUUUAGAGUAUUUGUACAUGUUUAUAUACACCAUUUUGAUCGAAUUAUAUCUAUAGGCGCAGAACCACACGUGAAUACAUGUUAUAAGCAUUUCUAUUAUUUCAUAACCGAGUUUGAUCUAGUCAUAAAUAAAGAAUUGGAGCCAUUAAUGGAAAUGACAUCAAAAAUGUGCCAGGAUUGUCUUCAGAAUCAAUAAUAUUUUGUAACCAAAAUAGUUUUUAAUUUAAAAAAAAACGAAAAAUGUAUAUUUUCAAAUACUAUG